AUGUGUAUAUGAUGUGUAUAUGUGUUGAGGGCUGGCACUCAUGUCCUGUAGCUCAUAUAAAGUUCAGAGGACACCUUUGUGGGGUGGAUUCUCUCCUUCCUCAUUUAAAUUGAUUCCAGGGGUUGAUCUCAGGUUACCAGACUAUCUAUCAUGUUUGGGGAGCGAACGCUUUUAGCUAAUAAGCCACUUCCAGCCCUUUUUAUGUUUAUUUGGUUACUUUACAUAGAUAUCAGUGAUGAUCUGAUCCAAGUGUUCUCGUCCUCUUUGAAAUAAAGACAUGAAUAUUGAAGUGAACACAUCUCUCAUUUCUUGAAUACAAAUGUGUAUGUGUAUGUAUGUGUAUACAUAUUUAGAAGUUAGUAUAAAAGCCUGGUGAAACAUCAGAAUGUAAUGAAUUGGUUCCUAGGUGAUAAUUCUUGUUAUCAGCAAUAUAUAUGCUAAUUGGAUGUAGACUGCUUAUUCUUUUUUGGGCAUAUAUUGAUUAUACAUUAUGUUGGCUUUCCUAAGGACAUAUUGUACCUGACUUUGUCCUCACAGCACACACAUAGCCUCAUACCUCCCAUUAGUCCCUUCAUUCUCCUAAACAAUUUCACUUCUCUUUCCAUGCCAUAUAUACAUACAUGGUUUGAUGUAUUUAUAUAUCAUCUAAAAAUCUAUAAAUGAGAGAGAGCAUGAUAUUUAUCUGAGUCUGAUUUAAUUUAACACAAUAAUCUCCAAUUGCAUCCAUUUCCCUGCAAAUGACACGUGUGCUUCUUCAUAGUUGGAUAAAAUUCCAUUAUAAAUGUACAUAACUUCUUUGUCCAUUCCUCUGUUGACAGACAGCUAGGUUGAUUCCAUAAUUUACCUAUUGUGAAUAAUAAUACAACAAUGUACAAGUAUCUCUGUGAUGCUGACUUGGAAUUCUUGGAGUAAAUACCUGGGUCAUAUGAUAGAUGUAAUUUUUGUCUUUUGAGGAGCCUUCAUACUGAUUUUGUGGUGGUUGGAUUAAUUUACAUUCUCACCAGCAGCAAAUAAGAGUUCAGUUUUGUUUGCAUCCUCACCAAGAUUUGUUGUUCGUUUCUUAAUGAGUGCCAGUCUGACUGCAGGAUGGGGAUGGCAUCUCAGGGUUGUUUUAUUUUAUAUUUCCCUGAUGUCUAGUGAUGUUGAACAGUUUUUCCACAUUAUUGGCCAUUUUGUAUUUCAUCUUUUAAGAACUGUUUGUUCACUUCAUCAGUAUGGCUGGAAUUUGACUCCAGUGUGAGCUUUUGGGAAGGGUUCAAAUACACUUUUUUUCCCCCCAGUAUAGAUAUACACUUGACCGAGUGUUUACUGAGAAGGCCAUCCUGCGAGGGAGUUUUUUUUCUUAAGAUAGAUAGUAAUAGAACAUGUUCAGAUCAGCAUCAUUUCUGGAUUCUAAGGAAUUGGUACUGUGGACGAGAUAGGCACAUGAAAGAAUUGAAAAAGGAAGGCUAUCCACAGGUAAAUAUGGAACUGUGUCUUUGUUCUGCAGGGGAUAUACUUUCAUUGAAACAGGAAGAGAGGAGGGAAACAAGUUCAAGUGCAAGAAUAUACAACAUGUUGUAGAAGUAUUCAAGAAGUGGCUGAAGGAAGAAAGUGCCACUGCCUAUCAGAAAAUAAAACAAAACAUGGGAAAUACAACCACCAAAUUCCGCAAAGCACUCAUCAAUGGUGAUGAAAACCUGGCUUGCCAAAUAUAUGAAAAUAAUCCUCAGCUAAAAGAAUCCCUUGAUCCAAAUACAUCUUAUGGAGAGCCCUAUCAGCACAACACUCCAUUACACUAUGCUGCUAGACAUGGAAUGAACAGAAUAUUAGGGACUUUUCUUUUUGGUAGAGAUGGAAACCCAAAUAAACGGAAUGUGCAUAAUGAAACAUCUAUGCAUUUGUUGUGUAUGGGAUCUCAAAUCAUGAUCUCUGAAGGCACCCUUCAUCCUCGCUUAGCACGCCCCAUGGAAGAUGAUUUCAGAAGGGCGGAUUGUCUGCAGAUGAUAUUAAGAUGGAAAGGAGCAAAACUUGACCAGGGUGAAUAUGAAAGAGCAGCUAUUGAUGCUGUUGAUAACAAAAAAAACACACCCCUUCACUAUGCUGCAGCCUCAGGGAUGAAAGCCUGUGUAGAGCUUUUAGUAAAACAUGGAGGCGACUUGUUUGCUGAAAAUGAAAAUAAAGACACUCCUUGUGACUGUGCCGAAAAGCAGCACCACAAAGACCUGGCCCUCAGUCUGGAGUCUCAGAUGGUUUUCUCUCGUGACCCAGAGGCUGAGGAAAUAGAAGCUGAGUAUGCUGCAUUAGACAAACGAGAGCCAUAUGAAGGACUGAGGCCUCAGGAUCUUCGUAGAUUAAAGGAUAUGCUUAUUGUGGAGACUGCAGACAUGCUCCAGGCCCCUCUGUUUACUGCUGAAGCUUUACUUCGAGCUCAUGAUUGGGACAGAGAGAAAUUACUUGAAGCUUGGAUGUCCAACCCAGAGAACUGCUGCCAGCGGUCAGGUGUGCAGAUGCCAACCCCACCACCAAGUGGGUGCAAUGCCUGGGACACACUUCCCUCCCCGAGAACUCCACGGACCACACGCUCCUCUGUCACCUCUCCAGAUGAAAUCAGUCUGUCUCCUGGGGACUUAGAUACCAGUUUGUGUGACAUUUGCAUGUGCAGUAUUUCUGUAUUUGAAGACCCCGUGGAUAUGCCCUGUGGACAUGAUUUCUGUAGAGGAUGUUGGGAGUCGUUUUUAAAUCUGAAAAUUCAAGAAGGUGAAGCCCAUAACAUUUUCUGCCCUGCAUAUGAGUGCUUUCAACUUGUGCCUGUGGAUAUUAUAGAAAGUGUAGUUUCUAAGGAGAUGGACAAACGCUACCUACAGUUUGAUAUUAAGGCCUUUGUUGAAAACAAUCCUGCCAUUAAAUGGUGUCCUACUGCAGGCUGCGAAAGAGCAGUCCGGCUGACCAAGCAGGGGUCCAGUCCCUCGGGGGCUGACACGCUCAGCUUCCCCCUGCUGAGAGCCCCUGCCGUGGACUGCGGCAAAGGACACCUCUUCUGCUGGGAGUGCCUUGGUGAAGCACAUGAGCCUUGUGACUGCCAAACAUGGAAAAACUGGCUACAAAAAAUAACUGAAAUGAAGCCAGAGGAACUCGUUGGAGUCAGUGAAGCCUAUGAGGAUGCUGCCAAUUGUCUGUGGUUGUUAACUAACUCCAAACCUUGUGCAAACUGUAAGUCUCCAAUACAGAAGAAUGAAGGCUGCAAUCAUAUGCAGUGUGCCAAGUGCAAGUAUGACUUUUGCUGGAUCUGCCUAGAAGAAUGGAAGAAACAUAGUUCUUCCACUGGUGGUUAUUACAGAUGUACUCGCUAUGAAGUCAUUCAGCACGUAGAGGAACAAUCCAAGGAAAUGACUGUGGAGGCUGAGAAGAAACAUAAACGGUUUCAGGAACUUGACAGAUUUAUGCACUAUUAUACAAGAUAUAAAAACCAUGAGCAUAGUUAUCAGUUAGAACAGCGCCUUCUUAAAACAGCCAAAGAAAAGAUGGAACAAUUGAGUAGAGCUCUCAAAGAAACUGAAGGAGGCUGUCCAGACACCACGUUCAUCGAAGAUGCGGUACACGUUCUCCUGAAGACCCGACGCAUCCUCAAGUGUUCUUACCCGUACGGAUUCUUCUUAGAACCUAAAAGCACAAAGAAAGAGAUUUUUGAACUCAUGCAAACAGACCUAGAAAUGGUCACUGAAGACCUUGCCCAGAAAGUCAAUAGGCCUUAUCUCCGUACCCCCCGCCACAAGAUCAUCAGAGCAGCAUGCCUUGUGCAGCAGAAAAGGCAAGAGUUCCUGGCAUCUGUAGCUCGUGGAGUUGCUCCUGCAGACUCACCAGAUGCUCCCAGGCGCAGCUUUGCCGGUGGAACAUGGGAUUGGGAAUAUUUAGGAUUUGCAUCACCUGAGGAAUAUGCUGAAUUUCAGUAUCGGAGGAGGCACAGACAGCAGCGUCGUCGAGGAGAUGUGCACAGCCUGCUCAGUAACCCUACAGAUCCCGACGAGGCGAGCGAAAGCACUUUCGCAGACAUACCAGAAGGUGGCAGCAGCCGCAGGCCUGGGGCAUCGGUGGUGAGCUCUGCGUCUAUGAGUGUCCUGCACAGCUCCUCCCUUCGGGACUACAGCCCUGCCAGCCGCUCCGCAAACCAGGACUCGCUUCAGGCUCUGAGUUCCUUGGAUGAAGAUGACCCCAAUAUCCUUCUUGCCAUUCAGCUGUCACUGCAAGAGUCUGGGCUGGCCAUCGAUGAAGAGACCAGAGACUUCCUUAAUAAUGAAGCAUCCCUAGGGGCCAUAGGCACUUCUUUACCUUCCCGGCUGGACUCUGUGCCCAGGAGCACAGAUAGUCCUCGGGCUGCACUGAGCAGCUCUGAGCUACUGGAACUUGGUGACAGCCUCAUGAGACUAGGAGCGGACAGUGACCCAUUUUCAACUGACACUUUGAGUUCACGACCUCUUAGUGAGACGAGAAGUGAUUUCUGUCCCUCUUCCAGUGACCUUGACUCAGCUGGCCAGGACCCCAGUGCCAAUGACAAUCUUCUUGGCAAUAUUAUGGCUUGGUUUCAUGACAUGAACCCUCAGAGUAUCGCCCUGAUUCCUCCAGCAGCAGCCACAGAGAUGAGUGCAGAGCCUCAGUGUCCCUGUGGCGGAGCUGGGCCGGAAGGUGUGAGGGACGUGGGAAUCAUGCCGCCAGAAGACUCCGUGUCCAAAGAUGCUGGUGUCCAUGAAGGUGAAAGAACCCAGGUGGAAGAAAACCCUCUGGAAGAGAAUAUUCUGGCCAGGGAAGAGUUGUCUCAAGCUGGUGACAGUAGUAAUGAGGCAGUCGGCAGAGGGGAUGGGUCAGAGGCUGCCAGUCAAACCCCUCAAACCUCAAGUGACUGGCUCGAGCAAGUCCAUUUAGUGUGACCUGCACGGUUGCUCUCCAGGUGACUCGCAGUCCAGGGGUGUGUUAGGAGAGUAUGCUUUAUACAGACUUUAUCCACUCAAUUUGAACUCAGUGGAAACCACUGAUGUUAGGAUUGAAUGCAAAGGAGUUCGCUCAGAUGAUGGCUUCAGUGUCGACUUGAACCUUACAGGGAAUGUCUUUUGAGUUUAUCCCUUUUCUAGUGACAGGAGCAGGAGAAGACAGUGGAAGAAACGGGUUGACACCCACAUUCUGAGAGAAGGCAGUGCUCUGUCUAGCCUGGAGUUGGCAGUGUUUAAGUCGACCGUUUCUAUCCAAGGCUUACUCCUUAAUCCUUAGACGGCUUUCCCCUUUCCAAACAGUGAGGAGUUGUCGUCAUCUUGGAAGCUGGGCUGGACAGGUCUGACAACGUGUGUCCUCAGUGUCUGUGUACUCUCUUCAGGAGCCUCCUCCCCUCAUCCCAGCAGUGUGAGCUGUGGUGUCCGUUCUGCUUCAUACCCGUCUGCCGCAGUGCGAUGGUCUGUCUGUCUGUCACGUGAAUCAAAAGUUCCUUCUCAUGUCUAUUCACGGUCCACUUGUGCCAAACUGACUCGUGCGCUGACUACUGAGGCGUGGAGGUGUGCUGCGUCCUAGUGUGCUCCAGGGCAGUGUCGGCCUUGUCGGGAGUGAAAGGUGCCACUCGGUAGCAAUGAUGUUCCAGAAGUUAAUGGGCUUUUGUUGCCAUGGAGACUGCAUUUAAAUAAAUGUAGCCUGUAGCUUAAGUAAACUAAAGCUAAUGCUGCUGUUAAAACAGUUUAUUUUAAUAUUAAAAUACAGUUGAUUAGCAACAGCGGUGCUGUAUUUAAGAGACACUUUAUUGGAAGUGCAAUCAUAGUUCUUUGUUUUCACAAUUUUACAGUGCAUUCUAAUUACUAACGGGUGCAAUUACUUUUAAUGGUGUUUUAUAACAUAGAAAAACUGGAGUUUUCAUGAGUUACAGUAAGUCCCACAGUUACUAAAAAAUUCAAUACAACAUCCUACGCAACAUGUUACCGUGCCUUUGCCUAACCUAAAUGGAUAGUUGCCAGUUAAGUAAGUCAGUAAUUCAAAGUUCAGUGUCUCUUCUGAAGUAACUAUGCUAUGAAUUGCAAAGACCUCCAUGAAACCACCCAUGGCCUUGCCUUUACAGUAACUAUGACAACUAAGUGUUUAGUUCGUUUGCCUAGAUAGCAAAUGCUGCUGCUGUGUCUGUUCUCUUGCGCAGUGCUCAUCUGCUGUGUGGUCACUGUGGAGUACUGAAAACCCAACCUCCUAGUUACCAGUGUCCUCCUGUGAAGAAAUGCUGGUCUUAGUGCUAAUUAAGAUACAGUGGUACAGUGUGUAAUUAAACUAGAGUCAACUGUUGGAAUGGCUCUUUUACUGACUAUUAUUAAAGCUAGCGUAACAUAAGCACCGUAGAUAGACGGAGCACUCCAUGGAGUGCUUUGCCAUUGUUACCAGAAACCAAAAUUUCUCUACUGAGUUUGUACAGGGAAGGCCUAGGCCAGGUAAAAGAUUGUCCUUAAUACUGAUAUCCAUAGUUAUCGUUUUCAUUACCUCUUUUUCAGACCUUGCUUUUGAGAUAUUCAUGUACUUUGAUUUCAUGUGGCCAAGACAUUGUGCUUGAAUAUUUCAUUGGUAAUCGUUCGUGGCUAUCAGGAGUUCCUAAUAGUUUUGAUUUCACCAGUCACCACAACAUUGCUCUGAGUCCCUUUAAAGUUAGUGGGAGACGUGCUAGUUUGUCUGCAGUGUGUUACUGUAUAGUGAACUGAAACAGUCCAUUACAGGGGUUUAUUUGGAUUAAAAAUAGGAACACCAUACAGUUUCUAGACCAGGGUGUAACUUUUCCAGGAGAAAGCACUUGCAUCUCUAGAGGCGUUUUGUACAGGCACGAUGAGGAGUAGGCAUGCUCUGUCUAGAGGAGGGGUACCUGUGGAGAGGGGUGUGUGUGUGUGGAGAGGGGGUGUCUGUGGAG